ACUAUGCAUCGUGCAAAAAAGCCAAAGCUACUAGCAUCACGUUCUCUGCCCUGUCUCCCUUUGACGGCUCUAAUAAAAAAGCUCCGUCUCAGCUUCGCGCUUUUUUUUUUUUUCGUUUUUUUUUUAGAAAAACCCUAAUUUCCACUCACUCACUGAAUCACUGUACCUUACUGACCUCCUCUCCUCAAAUUGAAUUAAACAAAACCAAAAAAAAAAAAAUAUCGACGUCUCCGAGUUUUGAGAGGUUUCAGCAAUGGAGAUUCAAAAGCAAAGCAAACAGCAACAAGAGUUUGCUUUAGCAUCAAUGAAUGAGCUCGCUUCUUCUUCUUCUUCGUCGUCGUUUUGUUCAGAUUCUCAAUCUGUACCGGUAACUGCUAGGUUUAGGGCUGACAAUGGAGUUGUGGAGCUUCGAUUUAACCGAGAGUCUGAAUCGGCUGAUUCUAUCAUUGUUGAUGCCAAAACUGCUCUGUUAUUCAAGCUAGGGGCUUUACAAUCAGUUUGCAUAACCAAAGUGUCAGGUGCUGACACGGGCAAAGAGAAAUAUUCAACAGGAGUCAAUGUCCAAUUUAGAAAUGAGGAGGAGAGCAGGGCCUUCCAUUGUGCAUUUGAACAAUGGAAGAAGGAAGUCACUGUUCAAGGAACAUUGCUAACUGAUGGAGCAGUCACAGCUUGUAAAAGCAAGUUUGAUGAUAAAAUAGAACCAUCAUCUGCCAAAAUGUAUUUCCAUUACUAUGGGCAAUUGCUACAUCAGCAAAACAUGCUACAAGAUUAUGUGAGGACAGGAACCUAUUAUGCUGCAGUCAUUGAGAAUCGUGCAGAUUUUUUUGGUCGUGUGGUGGUUGAUGUUGGUGCUGGUAGUGGUAUUUUGUCUUUUUUUGCUGCUCAGGCUGGUGCAAAGCAUGUCUAUGCUGUGGAAGCAUCUGAAAUGGCAGAGUAUGCCCGGAAACUGAUUGCUGGAAACCCAUCGCUUGGGGAAAAGAUAACAGUAAUAAAGGGUAAAGUUGAGGAAGUUGAAUUGCCAGAGAAAGCAGAUAUUUUGAUCUCUGAACCAAUGGGUACCUUGUUAGUCAAUGAAAGAAUGUUGGAGUCCUAUGUGAUUGCAAGAGAUAGGUUUCUUGUUCCAAAUGGAAAAAUGUUUCCUACAGUUGGAAGGAUACACAUGGCACCUUUUAGUGAUGAAUAUUUAUUUGUUGAAAUUGCGAAUAAGGCCCUCUUUUGGCAGCAACAAGGCUAUUACGGGGUUGAUCUGACGCCCUUGCAUGCAUCUGCAUUUGGGGGAUACUUUUCUCAGCCUGUUGUGGAUGCCUUUGAUCCUAGAUUAUUGGUGGCUCCUGCAAUUAAUCAUGUUUUGGACUUUACUGAAAUAAAGGAAGAGGACUUAUAUGAAAUUGAUAUACCUUUAAAAUUUAUAGCCUCUGUAGGAACCAGAGUUCAUGGGCUGGCUUGCUGGUUCGAUGUGUUAUUUAAUGGGAGUACUGUACAAAGGUGGCUUAAAACUGCCCCUGGUGCGCCUACCACCCACUGGUACCAAUUACGUUGUGUUCUGUCUCAGCCACUCUAUGUGGUGGCAGGACAAGAAAUUGCUGGGCAGCUCCGGAUGGUUGCCCACAAUGCUCAGAGUUACACUGUAUAUUUAACUUUGUCAGCUAAAAUGUGGGGCCCCGGUGCUGAGCAAGGAGGAAUACUUCAGACAUCAUCUUGCAAACUCGAACUAAAAGAGCCAUAUUACAGAAUGUCCCAACCACAAACUUAUGCAAUGGCACAAGAUCAGCAAUCACACCAGCCAAUACACGCACAGGACACACACAUUCAGGCAGAUGAUUUAAAGGAGCCUGAGUUGAUGCAACCGCCGCCCCAGAAUUUGGAUGCCCAGGUCCAAUGAGCUAUUGGCGGAGUCUUUACAGGCGUGUGACAGUUUUUAACGUGGCAUAUGUUUGUAACAUGUAAUUCCUUCACCCAUGCAAGGGUUCUUUUUUUUUUAAUUGAACUCCUGUUCACCUGCCCCGCAUUCAGUUCCCUUGUAAAUUAGAUGAAACUUGAGCUUGCCAUUUAUA